AUGGGCCCUUCGUUGAGAGGUCAUACCUCUAUGACUUCCAUGGCUGCCCGACCUCAGACUCGCGAUACAAAUCGCCCUGCUACCCGAGAACAAGCAGUCGACAAUGCCAUGGUUCCUAGCCGAACCUCCUCUCUACACUCACGAAUCACCCAGCCUCUCCCCUCCACUCUGGCCAAGUCGAACAAUCGACCUACUCCAAAGACUCUGACACACGCAUACAUGGUUUGUGGUGUGGGAAGAGAGCCGUCGCAAUGGGUCAAAGCACCGCCUCCAUCACACGGCAAGAUCCAACAUAUGAAGGGAGCUGUAGGGCAGUUCUGGCUUCCCGAGAUCUUGGGAAGCAGCCCCAGACUCGAGAGUGACAAUGAGAUUGCAAGAGCUCUUCACAGUGCUAUGAGGGCGUGCUUUCCACAUGAUGUCGAGAUCUGCACUGGCAGGAGCCAGCCACACUGCGUGCAUCACUCAUUCGUCCUCCAGCAGGAUUCCCAACACACUCUCUACGGUAUUGCCCUUCGAGUGUGGUCACGGGCGGACGAGAAACGAGCCGAAACCAUUCGUGAUCUUCGGCGCAAGACCGAACCUGACUAUAGAGAUGUCGCUGAUGAGACUUACUGGAUUCCCUACUGCUUGAGUUUCCUCUCCAGAUAUCCUCUAUACAACCUGUUGGGCGACUACCUGCGAGGAAUGUGGAUUCACUGGAACAAGGCCACUAACUUGUUCCACGCUGAGGAAGUCUCGAGAAUCCUCAGCUUUCCUGCUCCACGACUGAACGACCUUGUACGGAUCGAUAUGAAAGAUUAUGCCCUCUGCUAUCAAUUCCCAUCUUCGCCGACUGGAUUCCAGAACUUCAACAUGUGGCCACUUUUCUGUUGCUUGAGCAUUCCCAAUAUCGUGGGCCUCAUCGAGGCUGCUGUAUCACCUACUCGCCGCAUCAUUCUCACCAGUCACCACCCAGCCAUGCUUACAAUCGCAGCGGAGACCAUCAGAUUUUGUGUCCGAGUCUACGAAUGGAGCGGUUUGUAUGUUCCUGUCGUCCACGCUCGUAAUGCUAGUGAAAUGGUGCAAGAGCCUGGACCAUAUAUUCUGGGUAUUACCACUGAAUGUCGAUCACUCUUCCAGCCUCCUAAGGACGCUCUUCUGGUCGACUUGGAUCGGAAUCUCGUCAUCACCGAUCAUCCUCCGAAUAUCCUGACUGCUGGUCAACGCACGAAGAUGAUCAACCGUCUAACGCAAGCUUUGAACACCGACGUUGAGAUUAGCGGUGUCCCUCAACAUCUCAAGUCGGCUUAUGGCGGUGGCAAGCUCAUUCCCGCCGGACAGAUCAUCGUUCUACGUGGCGAGGUUGAAAGUGUCCAAGACCCUUCGUGGUGGAACCAAGACGCCGUCAUGGCAGUCAUGGACCACGUCUGCGAGAAGCUCGGCCGCAAUACUGGCGUCAAGGCCAUCUUUGGUGGCAGCAUGAAGAAACCACUGAUGACCAAGAUCUCCAUGCGACAUAUGAAUGAGAUUGUUCGAGAACGUAACCAGUAUUCGAGAGACGCACUUGAAGCAUGGCAAGACUUCAUCAACCUGAAGGGCCGCAUGGACACAGAGCUUGCUAAGGUUGCGAAGAGGAACAACUAUCUCGAACAAGAAGUCGAGACCUGGAAGUUGCAAUUCCAGAAAUUCCAAGCUUUCGUCGAGUCUCUCAACAAGGAAUUGGCUGAACUUCGUGUCAAGAUUGAGUCCCACAAGCGUGAGAAUCGCAGGCUUACCGGACUCAUUGAUCAACAAAAGGAUGACGCUGCUCGUCUUGCUCUUCGCUUGUCUGGCACUGAGAGACAGCGUGAUAAUGCCCUUGAGGCAUUGGUGCUUCAGCAGGGUAUUGCCGAAGAUCUGGAGAAGGAGCGUGCUCGCAACCGCAAGGAAAUUGCGGCCCUGCAACAUACCAACCAGACCCUCCAGAGACAGCGUGAUGAAGCUCAGCGUGUCGUUCUCCACCUCCGAUCUCUCAUCACCGGCCAGACCCACCACAUGGAACACAUUGUUCGUUCGAUUGGGUCUGCUUCGGAGCUGGCAGAGUACAUCAACGAAGGGUACGAAGACGAGGAGGAUGAAGAGGUAGAAGAGCAAGACGAGGAAGAGCAAGAUGGAAUUGGUGAGGACGGCGACGGACUGAAGAGCGUGACUGCCGGAUCAGGCAAGCGACCAUCGAGAUCUGCCUCCAUUGACGGCCAAGAUGUCACGCCGCAAAUGGAGAACAAACUCCUAGCCGCCAGUAAGAGAGCUAGCAAACGCUAUUCAGAGCUUAGCAUGUCCGAUGUGGCCGAUCGCCAUCUUCGUGACAAGACGGACGCCAUUGCCGACAUCAUUCGCAACAUCAGUGAACAAUGUGCUGCUGCUGUCGAAGGGCUUCAGCUCGCCAACGAAGCGGCAGAUGUCGAAGAGGACGAGCAGGCUGAGGGGGACGAGGCGGGCAUGUCGACCUCAACGGGCCAUGCCCGACAAGACAGCGAGAAUUUGUCUCCUGUUGACCAUGGCCCCACCGAUUCUCGUGCAGGCACAGGCCACCUGACUCCUCAGAGCGAACGAAGUUCGAUUCCUCCGACUCCGGACUUGGUUCACCAACGAUCCAGCACCGCGCUGAGCAUGGCGAGCACAGCGCCAACAAACUACACUGCUCGCGAGUCGCUAAACCACAACACUCGAGGUCCAGAUCGGACGAAGAUUGUUGAAGACGAAGAUGCUGAACGUGCCCACGCAAAUGUUGCCAGCGGCACCGGCAGUGUGAAGGGAGACUCGGUGUCUGAGGAAAAUGUCAAACCGCCUCCUGGUCGAGGUCCCGUUCUCAGCCGCGUCUUGGAGGCGUGA